AUGGCUGAAAAUAUUCCGCCUGGUGCGGCCCAGACGGCCGGUUCAACUGCAGACCAGCCCGGCCGCCCAUACUACGAAUCUCUGCGAGAGACGCUACGACAAAAUCUGGAAAAGAAGCGAAAGCUCGAUGAGCAACUUGCUACAUUAGAGGACCAAAUGUUCCGAAUGGAGGGCAACUAUCUUGAAGAGACGGCAAUGUCGGGCAAUAUCGUGCGCGGAUUUGAUGGUUGGGUCAAGGGUGUCGUCGUCGGCGGAAGAAGCGCGGCGGACGAUCGUCGUCGCGGUCGAAUCCGAGAGGAAGAUCGCGUUUUCAGCAGGAGCUCAGUCAAUUGGAUGAGGAUUCAGGAAGGGCAGGAUUCUGCUACGACUUCACAUGCAGCAACACCGACUGCAUCUCACGCUCCACCACUUUCAGCUCGCGAGAACAGCGCUUCAACACCGACUGCUGGCGGAACCAAAACGGGCGCAAAUAAGAAGAAACGUGCGACGGAGAAGGAGGAAGAAGAUGAUAGCAAAGGUGUGAAGCGGAGCAAGAUCACGUACGCGCGGGACAGUUGA